AGAUUAUCAUCCGGCUCUUAAACCACUCGUACUGCCUAGUGCUUACACGUCAACAAUGGCGCCCACGGAGACGGAGGAAUCCAUUGUUGCUACCUCAGGGCCGCCGCCUCACUUUGUUCUCGUCCCUCUCGUGGCACAGGGCCACAUCAUCCCCAUGGUUGACCUUGCACGCCUCCUCGCGGAACGCGGCGCGCGAGCGAGCCUCGUCACCACGCCCGUGAACGCCGCGCGGCUGCACGGCGUCGCCGACGACGCGCUUCGCGCCAAGCUGCCGCUAGACAUAGUCGGGCUCCCGUUCCCGCACGCCGACGACGGCCUGCUCCCAGGCUGCGAGAACAUCGACCAAGUCAAGGACAUUGGCCACUUCCUCCCCCUGUACCAGGCCGUCUACAGGCUCGCCGGUCCCCUGGAGUCAUACCUACGUGCACUGGCGCGGCCCCCGAGCUGCAUCAUCUCCGACUGGUGCAACUCGUGGACUGCCGGUGUCGCCUGCAGCCUCGGCAUCCCACGGCUGUUGUUCCACGGCCCAUCGUGCUUCUAUUCCCUCUGCGACCUCAACGUCUCCAUGCACGGGCUGCGCGAGCGGGCAUCCAGCUCUUCCGAGGCCCAAGGCCACGAGAGGUACGUCGUGCCAGGCAUGCCGGUGCGCGUGGAGGUGACCAAGGCCACCUGCCUCGGAUUCCUAGACGGGCCUGGGUUUGAGGCGUUCCGUAAGGCCGCUCUGGAGGCCAUGCGCACGGCCGACGGCGCGGUGGUGAACACGUUCCUGGACCUGGAGGAACAGUUCGUCGCGUGCUACGAGGCGGCGCUCGGCAAGCCGGUGUGGACGCUCGGGCCGUUCUACCUCAACAAAAACCGGGAUGCGGCAUCCAUGGCGUCGCGCGGGCGUAAACCCAGUGUCGACCAGAGCGGGGUCAUUGAGUGGCUCGACGCCAUGGACCCCGGCUCCGUCAUUUUUGUCAGCUUCGGCACCCUCGCGCAGAAGCUUCCCAAGCAGCUAUACGAGGUUGGGCACGGCCUCGAGGACUCCGGCAAGCCGUUCUUGUGGGUCGUAAAGGAUUCCGAGGUUGCCUCGCCGGAGGCGCAAGAGUGGCUUCAAGCCCUGGAGGCACGCACGGCGGGGCGUGGGCUCGUGGUGCGCGGCUGGGCGCCGCAGCUCGCCAUCCUCUCGCACCGCGCCGUGGGGGGCUUCGUGACCCACUGCGGGUGGAACUCGCUGCUGGAGUCCAUCGCGCACGGCGUGCCGGUCGUGACGUGGCCGCACUUCGCCGACCAGUUCCUGAACGAGCGGCUAGCCGUGGACGUGCUCGGCAUCGGCGUGCCCGUCGGCGCGGCUCUACCCGUGAUGCUGUUUGGCGAUGAGGCCGUGCUGGUGAUGCGGGGAGACGUGGCGCGGGCGGUGUCGGAGCUGAUGGGCGCAGGAGAGGUGGCCGAGGAGAGGAGGAGGAAGACCAGGGAGUACGGGGAGAGAGCUCACAGAGCCAUGGAGAAAGGAGGGUCGUCGUACGAAAACCUGACGCUGCUGAUACAGAGCUUCAGGCGGAGUGGCGGCAGGGUGACCGAUAUCAAUGGAUUACAGAAGGAAUAGGAGCAAAAGCACUUGCUCAGCAGCUAAUUUCUUUUUUGCUAUGGACUUCGGAUCGUGAAAUUGUACCGUCGAAUACUCAUCUUCUUUUGUUCAGGCUUAACGCUGGGACACUGAGGUACUGUCUUUGAGUACUGUAUCAAGUUCAUCUUGGUCAGUUUAGAAGUCAU